AUACAUUUUAGUUGUGUUAUUAAAAUUGUUGUACCUGUAUAUAUAUAGCAUACGCGAUAUCAGUUCACUUUGUAAUAGUAAAGAAAAAUUCUAAAGACCUCAAUCGAACUCAUAAUAAAUUUAAAAAUAUUUAACUCUAACACCAAUGAACAAUAACUUAUUAGUUUUCCUUUAUACGUGUACGACAAUCAACAAAGAGUUUACUACUAACAUAAAGUUAUUUUUUAGAAAUUGUUGAAUAUGGAAGAACAUAAAGCAAAAGAGCGGGUCAGUAGAAUUUUGGAAGAAGGAUGUAAUAUUUUAAUUGACAAAAAAUUGCCCAAGGACGUACCGGAAUGGUUUGACGAGAAAUUAUUUUUAAGAGGACAAAAGUACUUCUACAACAAUUUAUAUUCAAUGUUUGUUUCGAAAUUGAUUGGGUUAAUAUUAGUCCUGUCAAUACCAACAUUACUAGAUGCAUUAUCACUGAUAAGGAAGUCUCCAGAUCCUUACAAUAGUUUUAAGAGAUACAUCUAUACCUUUAGAAAUGUAUUAAAAUGGUAUGAAUUCGACGUAAAAAAUUUCAGAUCAAAAUCUCAAAUGUCUAUGGCUGUUAUAUAUAGUCUUCAUUGUGCUGCAUGUGAGCCGUACGAUAGAUCAGGACUUGGUCUACGAGUAACUCAAAAAGAUAUGGCAUUGAUACAAUUCGGACUCGUUGGCUUAACGUUACUAAAAAAAAAAGAAUUGUCCAUUAUCGGAAAUGAAGAAGAUGACAAAUCUAUAAUUCAUUUUUGGCGAACUAUGGGUUACAUAUUAGGAAUUAGUGAUCAAUAUAAUUUAUGUGAAGGUACUCUUGAAGAGGUACGAACUGCAUGUGCCUUUAUUUUUGAAGGCGUCUAUGUGGUGUCCUUAAAUAAACCUCCUGCGGAAUAUAAUCACAUGAUAGAUGCAUUGAUUAAUGGUUUAAAGCCUAUUUCACCAUUACUAGAUACAGAUGCAUUUCUGACGUACGCAUUCGAACUUUGUGGAAUACAUGAUUCAGAACAACGAAUCACUACUCGAUACAGUCGAUGGAUGUAUAAUAUACAAACGUAUACGCACAACGUAUUAUUAUCCAAACAAUGGUUGGCUUUUAUAUUUCGUCCUUUGUUAAACUAUACCCUGAUGUUUUCUUUAUGGAUUAAUUCAAAAUUUCCGUUAGGUUUAGCUUUUAGAUUCGGCACUAAAAUUAUAUCUAUGCUUUAAAAUAGUUUUUUAAUUAGUUUUUUAAAUUAGUUUUUUAAUCACGUUGACGAAUCAGAAUAUAAUGAAGGUGAGAAAAUUAAUACUCAUAGAUUUAAAUUUGUUUAAAGAUUCAAAAAAUAAGAUCAACCAUAAUAUAUUUUCUCUUUGAUUGG